AGAUUACCGCAAAAUAUACUACUGUACCAACUUUCUAAUUUUGUAAGGGCAUUUUUUUUUAAAUCGGACCCUUUUUGGCUUUGUCCAGAUUUCUUGUGCUCAUUGUUGCAGUGUGGUUCCCAAACACGCUAGAUAACUAACCACUUUUUUUAUGAAAACUGGAUGCAUGCAUGUAACAUGCAUUCGCGAUUCAAGCAUGUACACACACAACCCCACAUUUUAAGCAGCCUAGCACGAUUAACUACUGGUAGAGUGACUGUGUUUCAUAAUUUGCAGCCAGACUCGUAAAAAAACAGCCAUUGGUCACAGGUCACUUGCUCUUUUUCAUCUUGUAUGCAAGGAACUGGCGGUCGUAGAGUGCCGUGAAUCAACACAACAGCGCUGUCGUAAACUCUGGGAUCUACAGUCUGUCUGACAUUUUACAGGGUGGCGGUUGUAAACAAGAUUGGUAACGGGAAAGCGGUCCUUAGGCUUUUGGACACUCUCAUGAAGUUUUGCUGAUCUUUUUUGUGACGGCAGUCCAGAGUGAUUUAGAAGUCGCACCCCUGUUGUGCUGAAGCAGAUGCGCAUAUAGAAAAUACUGUGUUCCAUCAGGAGGAAGAGCUCACAAGUGAUCUUUCAUACGGUGAAGGUAUGACAUGUUGAAUCAUUUUACCUGUGCCUUCAACUGAGACAUUGGAAGGGAGUGAUUCUAGUACCUCUGCUCACAAUUUACCAGCAAAUUGUCACAGGUGUGUGAUCCUGAAGUGAUAAAAUGUCCUAUAUUUUUGUAAAUGACUCCUCUCAGACCAAUAUUCCACUGUUGCAAGCUUGCAUUGAUGGAGAUUUCAACUACUGCAGACGUCUAGUAGAAACUGGUUUUGACCCAAAUGUUCGGGAUAGCCGUGGCAGAACAGGUCUUCAUCUUGCUGCAGCUAGAGGAAAUGUAGAUAUUUGCCAGCUUUUGCACAAAUUUGGUGGGGAUCUGCUGGCUACUGAUUACCAAGGGAACACAGCUCUUCACUUAUGCGGUCACGUGGACACAAUCCAGUUUCUAGUAUCUAAUGGUCUUAAAAUUGAUAUUUGUAACCAUCAGGGAGCAACGCCUCUUGUCCUUGCAAAACGAAGAGGGGUAAAUAAAGAUGCCAUUAGAUUGCUUGAAUCACUGGAGGAACAAGAAGUGAAGGGUUUCAAUAGAGGAACUCAUUCAAAACUGGAAACCGUACAAACAGCAGAAAGCGAAAGUGCAAUGGAGAGCCACUCUCUUCUUAAUCCAAAUCUACAGCAAGGAGAGGGUGUGCUUUCAAGUUUCCGCACCACAUGGCAGGAGUUUGUUGAAGAUUUAGGAAUGUGGAGAGUACUGCUGCUGGUUGUUGUCAUUGCAUUACUUUCCCUUGGAAUUGCGUAUUAUGUCAGUGGAGUGCUUCCAUUUGUUGAAGAUCAAGCUGAACUGGUGCACUGAACAAGAGAAUGAAGAGUGUUCUUUUCUUAGUUCUUGUAAUUUUGGGUUAACUGCUGAAACAAAUUGCAGUUUAACAUAUACUUUUCUUUAUUUCACAAACCCAUUAUUUUGGCUUCUCUGAGAUAUUCAGUUAUUUAACUAUUCUUUGGAUGGACCAUCAAAGAUAUAAAGAUAAAAUACUGUAAAGCAUUUUUUCACUGGCACAUUAAUCAUAUAGAAGUAGACUGUUAAAUAUGUUUCUAGCACAAGCCAUGGUCAAUGAGAGACUGGAAUGUUACCAAUCGAAAUGUUCCACUCUGGUUAUUAUCACCUUGGAAGCAAGUAAAGGUAAAUACAUUACAUUCUGAAUUGGUUUUACUUGGUUAUUGUCAGAAGUGAUUUUUAAAACUACCUUUUGUUCUAUAUCAGCUUGGUGGAACUUUGCUCCAGACAGUAUCCUAAAUUUUGACUGUGGUUUGUUGAGGGAUCAGCACAUGUGCAUUUUAGGUUUUAACUGCUUGCAGUUUUGAGUACAGAAAAGUCUCUAGAAAAUAAACAAAAAUAGAUUCUGGAGCACGAGACUGAGACAAGUAAAAAAAUAAAACAAAACACUAACCUCUUUAAUAAAAUACACUUUUCAUUCAGCUGCUAUAGCCAUGUUGUCACAUGAUUAACUCAAUAUAAGGUGUGUCAGUUCUCUUGUUUCUUGUCUGAUGAAGUUUGGCUGUAGCAGCCGAACGAAAAGCGUAUUUUAUUAAAGAGCUUAGCGUUUUAUUUUAUUUUUUACUUGUCAGUCUCUCGUGCUCCAGAAUCUAUUUUUAUUUAUUUUCUAGUUCGCUUUGUGGUAACAGAAAAGUCUCUAUCAUCCAAAAAUGCUGUUAUAAACAACACAAUGCAGUAUAUAAUGAAAAUGUGAUGCAUCUGUAGUUGGGCUCCUGAAGAUUAAAUCCUCAUCGGUGGUAAAGUACUAGUGGACAGGAGUAGUACCAGCAGCUGGUUGAAACAGUAAAGGAAGGUAACUGCAAACUACAACCCAUUCACAUUAGUUUGAUUUGCAGAGCCGUACUACAGUGUUGGCAAAUCUGUUUCAUUACUGUAAAUUAAAUAAAAGCAGUUUUUCAUGUUAAUUGUAGUGCAUGUUUCAGAAAACUAAUAUUUUGAAGCAGUUCUAAAAUGCUGUGACAUAUAGUGGAUUUUAAUAUACUGUCCAGUAGCCUUGUCCGGAAAAUUAUUUUAAACUGUCAAGUAGUCAUUUUCUCUCUUAUUUAUUGCUAAGUUACCUUUGGGUAGUUUAAUCUGUGUAGUUCUGUAAAGUAGUGUUAGACUGGAAAAUACAGAAAGAAAUCAAAUGUUUAGUUUUCACGUAUCACAGUAUUGACAGAGCUGCAAGCUGCAGUUCUUUUAUUUUAUGAAACCAACGUGUUUUAACAGUUGUAGACCUUAGUUCCUGUGUUUAAAAAUGAAAAAUGUUUUUUUUUUGUGAGAAAUCUGACUGCAUUCCUGGAAUAAAAUUAAAAAUUGUUAAAUACUG